AUGUGGUCAAACAUCUCGCUCUAUGCCUGCUUGCACUUCGCAGCUGGUGUCUUGGACGUACAUAGUACUGUUGAAUUUCGAAGUGGUCAGACCGGCUUAGAUGGAAUGAAAGUGUUUCCAUCUAAUGACACGACAGUCGAUUGGUGGUAUUUUGAUGUUGUUUCCUGGGACCAUAAGAGCGAAAUCGUCAUCACUUUCUACACCGCUGGCGCCGCUUUCAAUCAAAGCGGAACACCCAAUAUGGCGGAGGACGUCAGAAUUGGGACCAUCGGUAACGGAAGUUCUGGGGAAUACCAAGGCGUGGGUGAUUGGCUCGGGUCCUCAGAUAUGUCCCAGUACGUGGUUCGAUUGGAUUCGCCAAGUAAUGGAAUAUUUGGAGAGAUUAUUCUGAAAAGCGUUGCCCCACCGCAUCUGCCUUGCACUGACGAUCUAAGCGCUGGCGGCGAUUUGCUGUUGGCACCGGGAGUAGGCUGGGUAAACGUGAUGCCUGAUGCAGAUGCCAGUGUCUAUUUCAACUGGUCUGGAACUGUCGUUGAGUUCUCUGGCACGGGAUACCACGAUAAGAACUGGGGAAACGUGCCGAUGGGUUCCACCUUUCGCAGCUGGUACUGGGGUCAUGGCCGAGCAGGUCCUUACUCCGUCGUCUGGUUUGACUUUCUUGCGGUCGAUGGCACCGAAUACAAAAGUAGCUAUGUCGCCCGUGAUGGCAAAAUCUUGAACGCAGCCUGUGAAGGUAUCAAGGUUCGCCCGUUUGGAGCCAACUCUACUUAUCCGCCGACUACUACCACUGGAUCGCCUAGCGGUUUCAAUAUUGAGCUGUUGGUGCAAUCCAACGAUGGAUAG